UUUGGGUCGAGAACAAUUGAUUCAGUAGCUUCGGGCAAAGUUGAGGUACGAAGCAAAAUAUAAGCCUUAGGAGCGAUUUAGAUCCAUCCAGCCCUCCCUGAAGGCUGCUAUAUUACUUGGGUGUCGGUGGUGCGGCGGAGACUGCCUGCGUGUGCAACACGGUUCAACCUUUGGACGUCAAGUGGUUCUGCAAACCGCUUUAGGGAAUUCCCACCGUCGUUAAGGCCACCUAACGUGUCGACCCACGACUUAGUCAAGAACUGUCUUUGAAAGAUGCAAAUUUUCGUCAAGACCCUCACCGGGAAGACGAUCACCCUCGAGGUGGAAUCGUCUGAUACUAUUGACAACGUCAAGGCCAAGAUCCAGGACAAGGAAGGUAUUCCCCCCGACCAACAACGUCUCAUCUUCGCCGGUAAACAGCUGGAGGAUGGCCGUACCUUGAGUGACUACAACAUCCAGAAGGAGUCUACUCUUCAUUUGGUCCUGCGUCUCCGUGGUGGAAUCAUUGAACCCUCUCUCAAAGUCCUCGCUUCAAAAUACAACUGCGACAAGCAGAUCUGCCGUAAAUGUUACGCUCGUCUGCCACCCCGUGCAACCAACUGCAGGAAGAGGUCCUGUGGCCAUUCUUCCCAGCUCCGCCCGAAGAAGAAGCUAAAGUAGUGGUUAUCCUUACGCGAGUUUUAUCGUCGGCGUUGUGAAUGUACCAAUGCAAACCCUCUGCCAUCCACAUGUCUAUUUGUGCCCUAUAUCUAUCAUUGUCAGCCAACUCUUCUC